GUCUGUAGGUGGGGAGGGAGAAGAAAGGGGAGAGGAGGAAAACGGGGAAAGGCAGAUACAAGAGAAACAGGGGGAGGACGGUGGAUGAUAUACGCUUCAAAAGUUGCAUUACAACAAAUUGAAGAGUUGUGGCGAAGAGGAAUAAAGCAAGAUGAUAACGCCGUACUUCCUAGAGAAUUUCUGGGGGGAAAAAAAUAAUGGCUUUGAUGUGCUCUACCAUAACAUGAAGCAUGGCCAAAUUUCCACCAAGGAGCUGACAGACUUCAUCAGAGAAAGGAGUACUAUUGAGGAGGCCUAUGCCAGGUCAAUGACCAAACUUGCCAAGUCAGCUGGCAACUUUUCUCAGCUUGGGACAUUUGCUCCGAUGUGGGAUGUGUUUAAGGGUUCAACAGAGAAGCUGGCCAGUUGUCACAUGGAACUAGUGAGGAAACUACAGGAACUUAUAAAAGAGGUUCAGAAAUAUGUGGAAGAGCAGUCCAAAGCACACAAAAAGACAAAAGAAGAGGUGGCGUCUACCCUUGAGGCCGUCCAGAACAUCCAGAGCAUCUUCCAGGCUUUGCAGAAGUCCAAGGAGAACUACAAUGCCAAAAUUGUGGAGCAGGAACGCCUCCGCAAAGAGGGGGCCACCCAGAGAGAUGUAGACAAGGCUGGAGUGAAAGCCAAAAAAGCCACAGAGACCUACAAAUCAUACGUGGAGAAAUAUGCCACAGCUAAGUCUGAGUUUGAACAGAAGAUGACAGAAACUGCACAGAAAUUCCAAGACAUCGAAGAAAACCACAUUCUCCACAUGAAGGAGAUCAUUCAGUCGUACUCGCUGUAUGUGGAUGAAACACACAUUCAGAUAGGAGAGGUCCACCAUGAAUUUGUGAGGAACAUCGAGAACACAUCAGUGGAGAGCUUAAUCCAGAAACUGGCUGAAAGCAAAGGAACGGGCAAAGAGAGACCAGGACCCAUUGAGUUUGAGGAGUGCAAUGUAGCUAUUGCUGCUGAAGGUGCCAAACCCAGAAGAAGAAAACUAUUAAUCCCAGGUCGGAGGAAAGACAAGGACACAGACUCUACGGAGUCGACAGAAGUCGAGGCUGCUAACACCGCCAAUGGUGCUCCUCCUGGAUACUUUGCAGACAUCCAGAAUGCUAAUGUUCCUCAAGUUGAUGAAGAGGGUUUCUGCAUCAGACCAGAAGUAAAUGAAAACGAUGCCAAAGAGAAUUCCUUCUACUCGUCCAGCGACUCUGAGGACGAAGAUGAACCCAGGAAGUUCCACGUGCAGAUCAAGCCCGUUCAGCCAAACAACGGCGUUCAUCGGAACCAAGCCAACAUCGAUGAGCUCAAGGCCUCCAUCGGAAACAUCAUCCUGUCACCUUCAACCUCGGGACAGAUGCGGAGGAACCAGUCCAGUGAUGAGCUAGGAAAACCCAGAGUGCCAACAUCAUUCGAGCUGACUAACAACGACCUUCUGUCUCUGGAUCCUUUAAGUCCAGCUCAGGCCGUCGGAUCUUCCUCUGCUGUGUCAUCAUCGGCAGUGUCAGUACCAAACCGACCUACAACCCCUCUGGCACCUGGAGCUUUGGUGCCUCCUCCACGACCUUCCUCCAGGCCCAAACUCCCAGCUGGAAAACUCACAGGAAUCAAUGAAAUUGUACGGCCAUUCAGUCCACCUAAAGCGUCUAGCCCUACUCCGACUGCACCCCUCGCCCGGGCAGAGAGCUCUUCCUCUUUGUCUUCCAACGCCUCACUCAGUGCUGGCAACACCCCCACUGUCGAGGAUGAUAUGUUCAUAGCGAAGCUGCCUACCUUUGAGAAGCGGUGUGAAACUCCAGCAGGGACGUCUCGCGGUCCCAGCCCUGUGACCCUGGGAUCCCAAGAUGCUUUGCCCAUUGCUGUGGCCUUCACAGAAUCAGUUAAUGCUUACUUCAAAGGAGCUGAUCCCACUAAGUGCAUUGUGAAGAUCACAGGAGACAUGACACUGUCGUUUCCAAUGGGCAUCAUCAAGGUGUUUACUUCCAAUCCCUCCCCAGCCGUCCUCACCUUCAAGCUGAAGAACACCAGCAGGCUGGAGCAGAUCCUACCCAACCAACAGCUAUUAUACAGUGAUCCCUCUCAAAGUGACUCAGAUUCCAAGGACUUCUGGUUUAACAUGCAAGCACUGACAUCCUACCUCAGAAAAGCCUCAGAACAGAGUCCUUCAGCUUCCUACUAUAAUGUAGACAUCCUGAAAUACCAGGUGAUGUCUGAUGGGAUCCAUUCCACCCCGCUAAACCUGGCCGUAUACUGGAAAUGUACACCAAGUACAACAGACCUGCGGAUAGACUACCGCUACAACCCAGAGUCCAUGGACUCACCCAGUCCACUCACCAACGUACAGAUCUUAGUGCCUGUUGAUGGAGGAGUCACCAACAUGCAGUCUCUGCCUAACUCCAUAUGGAAUUCGGAGCAGAGUAAGUGUCUGUGGAGGCUGACUGACAUCUCAGAAAAGUCUGAAAAUGAUGGUGCCGGGUCCCUGAGGGCCAAGUUUGAACUGUCAAAUGGCCCAUCGCACCCCUCCACUCUGGCAGUGCAGUUUAUGAAUGAGGGGAGCACCCUGUCAGGUGUGGACAUGGAGCUGCAGGGGGCCGGAUACAGACUUUCCCUCAGCAAGAAGAGAUUUGCCACAGGGCGUUAUAUGGCAGAUUGCUGAGGUGACCCAUCAUCGCGUUCGCCAAGAAACCCAAGAGCAAAACCUGCCGACUCACUCGCAAAGGCCCCCUGAACCUCUGGAUCAGUUGUCACACCAAGGAAGCGAGACUCUCACUACAAAACAAAACAGCACUGAGUAUUGAACACUGUUAAAAAGAAAAGAAAACUAAGAUGAGAUUUCAGGAAAUGUGUAGAUAAGUCUAAUAAUGCUUUCCGAUCAAAUCCUUUUUUGUAUAGUCAGAAACAGUUUAUGGCUCUAUGUUGUAUUUGAAAUCAUAAAAAACAGAAAAAAGUGCACUAACAAUCUUUCAGAUGCUCUUUUUGCUCUUAUAUACAAUUUCCAAGAACUUGUAAGGAAUAUAAAAGAAAACAAUUUCUCUCUUUCUCUGUCCAAACUGUAAAUAAUAAUGCUGAAUAUUCUGCUCGACCACCUUUGACUCGGCUCACAAAUCAGCUUCUUCACUUUCACUUUUUUUUUUUUUUAACUGGUGCAAUGAAGGUAAAAUCUGUCUUUAAACAGAACUCGCAGACUUGCAGCACAGGCUUAAUCUUUAUAAAAUAUCUUGCUUUCGGAAAAUGCAAAAAAAAGAAGCAAAACCAAUAAUGAUCUGACCUCAGUGCCUCCUCUUAUACUGUGGAACAACAGGCAAAAAAUUUCUGUUAGUGUUUGGGGUUUGAAGCUGCAUUUCUCUGUGGUUGAAUACCACAGAGUCCUUUUGAACAAUCACCCUUAUCGGUAUCAGUGUGGUCAUUUAAAAAAAUUGAACUUUUUACUUUGUAAACCCCCCUUUUAGUCAUGCCUUGUGUUUUUUAAGCCUUUUAAUUGACUGUAAAACAUUGUGUCAAAAGUCAUAUGUUUUAUAUAUCUAUCUAUAUAUAGAUAGAUAUAUAAAAAAAAUCAAGGGACAUUUCUCCAAAUUGAAGUUGGCGGCUUUUGUAAGAGCCGUCAGUGAUUUAUUUUUUAACAUACUUCUGUGUUAAUAUUGAAAUGUGCCUGAAUCUAACUUUUAUCUGUUCUGUUUUGUAUGCAACAGCACAGUCAUUGAGAAUAGCACCAACAAUGUGCCAUCUGUGUCUUUGUUUGUUUUUUUACUCUUUUAUUUGGAUAUCGAAGGGAAAACGUCUCCGUUUUGUAACGUGUCUUCCAGAAACGAAUGAUCAUCUGGACUGAGUUUAAUCAUUGUGCUCUUUUAUCAAUUUUUAGCCUUUGAAGCUCAUCUGAUGGACUCUCUUACUCUCGCCACGCAGCAGACGAUGUUGGUGAAAAGUAGCACCUUGAGGCCAAAUUAAUGAUUGAAAUGCCUUAUUGUGAUUACUUAAUACCAAGUAAUCCAGUGAUACUGUCACACAGCACUGCCGUUGCCUCUGUCUUACAUCGCUGGCCUGUCCUGCUUCUCACCCACAGUAAGCUGGGGGAAAAGUACAGCCUCUUGUAGCUGUGAACAACACGUGGAUGUGUGGGGAAAUGGCCACAACUGACUCUCGGUGCUUCAUUCUUGUCUUUUACUAAUGGAGGGAUAGUGCUGUAGAGGCUGUUUUACUUCUUAACUGAAUAUUUUGCCUUUUGUUCUUCUUGUUUUUCCCCCCUCCCCUAUCGACCUCAUCCUUGGCAUGGUCCUGAAUUUGGUUGAUGUGUUGGAAUGUGAUAUGUUUGGAGAGAUGAAUGAUAAGUUGCCUGAAAGCUGUGAUUGAAAAUUGCUGAAACCCCUAAUGAGAGGAGUUUGAUACACUGUGCAACACGUGGCCAGCUGACCUCUCGGAUACGACUGUGUCCUCAGUGCUAAGGAACUGGGCUCAUUGUAGAUUUUGACUGGUUUACAGGUGAUUUAGGCUCAUGAUGAUACUUGAUUCAAGUGUCUUGCUUGAAAACUUGUAGAAAUAGAAGGAUUCUUUUAUUUCAGUCAUCAUAUCUGGCCAGGGUGAUUCAUGUAAUCAUCUUUUUUUUAACUUUUGACUCUUAAUGCCUUUAAUAUUAACUUCCUAAAUAGAUUAGGAAAACAUUCAUUUAAGUAUUUGUAGAAAUAAAUUUUGUACCUGACUCUUUAAUAAGCCAAAUAUUUUGAAGGCAUUUAAAAUGAGUUUACACAAAGUCCUGAAAUUGUACUAUCACAUGUGUCACACUGUGUUCCCUCUGAAUUUGUUGUAUGAUUGGUUUUAAAAAAAAAAAACAAGAGCAGGGAGAUUCUGCAUUCAGUGUCAGCAAGCUGGUUCUUGCUGUCCCUACAACACUCAAAUUGUACCUACAAAGCUCCUUUUAUGGUCACUUUCCACUCUUUUUCUUUAUUUGUUGUAUUAGACAGAGUUUAAAAAGAGCAAGAUUGUGUAAAUGAUUCUCAUAUGUUUUUACCAAUAUUUCUGCCACUUUUUGUCUCUAUUUUAUGAUUUCUUAUUGUGCCUGUAUUAAAUGUAUAAUAUAUGAACAUAUACAAAUAUAUGAAAAUGACUACUUUAAA